AUGCCCCUUCUGGAGAGUGGCUGGCUACUGCGCCACUCGGUGGUCAUGUGUCUGCUGCUGCACAGCCUGGUGCUGAUGACCUUCUGCUUCCACCACGCCGCCACCAGCUGCUCCCAGGGCUGCUACUGCUCUGAGAGCGACGGCCGUGGCAAGACGGUGCGCUGCAGCAACCUGCGUCUCACGGAGAUCCCCCAGGACCUGCCCAAUGACACGCAACGCAUCUACCUGGACUUCAACCUGCUCACUGUGGUCCCCAGCAACGCCUUCUGGGACCUGCCCAUGCUCAGCGAGCUGGACCUUUCAAACAAUGAGCUGGCCCAGCUGGAGCCAGGGGCCUUCAGGGGCCUGGGGCCCUCGCUCACCUUUCUGGACCUGUCCUCCAACAAGCUGGUCAACUUUAACCCCGAGGCCUUCGAGGGGCUGCGAGCGCGCACCAACCUGACCAACAACCCGUGGCACUGCGACUGCAACCUGCAGCUGGCCAUGCCCCUCAUCGACCUGGAGCCCCUGUCGCUGACGGGCAUCGUGUGCGAGACGUCAGAGCCGCCCGACGUGGGGGCAGAGGGCGUGCCCUUCCUGCUGGCCCAGGACCUGGACCUGUGCGUGGUGAUGAAGAAGACCACGGACGUGGCCAUGCUGGUCACAAUGUUCGGAUGGUUCACCAUGGUCAUCUCCUACCUGGUCUACUACGUCCGGAACAACACAGAGGACGCCCGCCGCCACCUGGAGUACCUCAAGUCUCUGCCCACCAAGCAGGAACAGUCCGAGGCCUCUUCUACCAUCAGCACUGUCGUAUAG